AUGUCACUCAAAGAUUUUGAAGAAACUUUUGAUGUUUUCUAUAAAAAUCCUCAAAAAUUGUCAAAUUUAACUUUUGAAGAAUUAGAAAAAUUAGUAGAUCUAGCAGUUUCUCAAAAACCCAAAAACAAUAAACGUCACACUUUCUUAACUUCUAAUAAAAAUGGCAAUAUUGAAAAAACAAUUCUCAAUAAAGUUCCUUUAGAAAAAUUAACGAAUUUUAUUUCAACUCUAAAUUUUAAG